GGCCCUGUGAUUGACCUUACUCAGGCCUUGAUGGAACUGGAAAUGAAUAAGAAAGCUGAUAGCCCUGAUGGUGAUAGUCAACUAGAUGGCACUCAAGGUACGAAAUUCCAUCAUCGGCCACCUACCAGCUCAGGAGCUCGAAACAUGCAGGACUCAAGUUUCGCACUGAGUGGAUCUCAAUUUGACGAUAAAAUGCCCUCUCGCACAUCAACACGCACAAUGCAACCCCCCGGGGGGAAAUCCACUUCCCUUUGGUAG